UUUUAGUUACACUUGAGACAUAGUAUUGCCGACGUGACUGUGAUAAGACGGUGAAAAGAGACAUACAAAGUCACGAAAAUUUGAAGCAAAGUGUUAAUUUUUAUUGGUUUUUUGCUUGCUUUAUUCCGAGUUAAUUAAUUACGAAUAUGUCUGAAACCGCACCUGCCGCCAAUGGCGCUAGUAAAGAUGAAGAAAUCACUGUUCCAAAAUCAGACAGUUUCUUUGAAUCUAAAACAUUCCGUCUGAUCUCCUUGGUUAUUUACAUGGGGGGCAUUAGCGGUUUGGGCAUGACAUUAGCCAUGUAUUACCUGUUUAUAUGGGAUUCACGUAUGCCGCCGUUGCCGGAGUAUAAACAUGCGCAUCAUGUGGGUUAGGAGACAGUGACGGAGGUAAUGAAAGAGAGAGAGAGAGAGAGGGAGAGAGAAAGAGUGAGACAGAGGAGCAGAAGAAAGGGAUUGGCGUGGGGAGCUUUAAUUUUUAAGUGAUAUCCAAAUAGAAAUUG